CAUUAAUUAUUAUCAAUUAUCAGUCUUAUCCAAAAUGUUCAUUAUUUAGUUUUACCUUUUUUACCUGAGAUGGGAAGACCAAACCAAAAAAAAAGAAACUAAGUUUGUUUGCCUAAGUUACUAUAACAUUAAUUAAAAUUAUAAUUUUAGCCUAUGAUACAAUAACUAGUCCUUACGUAAAGAAUUCCGGUUACUUUGUAUUUUUAGGGAUUUUUAUUGUUAAUAUAACCAUAAAAUGCAGGUGAUUAUAAAUAUCUAUUUAUAUCGUAGUCCUUAUACAAUUUGCUACAUUUGUGAUGAAGGUUUAGUCCUGCCAGAUAAAGAAAUAUGCAGACUACUUGCUUUGGGGCCAGAUAAUUCUGGAAUACAGGACACAAUUCAAGAACACCAAGAUGGAAGUCGUUGGAAAUUAAUAGUUAACGCCUUUUUCCUCAAGCCGUUUUUAAAAGAAUGUCAUAAAUCAGACGUUUAUCGUACUAAUGUUGUAUCUCAUUUGAAUAAGAUAAGUGGCUAUCCAGAAAAUGGAGUUGUGUUUUUGAAAUUGAUUUUAGAACCACCUGACCAGGAAAUUAUAGACUAUGGUUGGAAUGAACGAUUGUUAAUAUUGUUAUGGACUCGGGUUGAAAUAGAGAAUGCAUUUUCAUGGCUAUCCACUCUUGGUGGAGCUUACUCUGCAUUAGGGGAUUAUUUUGAAAAUUGUGCAGAAGAAGCAGGUAGAAUAUCAAUAAGGCAGUAUAAACUAUCUAAAAUGCUCGGUGAUGAUAGCCUCGCAGCAAGGAGUCAGCUCUAUUCUGCAUUAUCAUUCUCACAGAAGGGAAACCUUAAACUGUCUCGAAGAAUAGUACGUCAUGUUGCAGAGUUUGGCAGAGUUACGCAUGAUAAAAGGUUAAUUAGGAUGUGCCAAGGAGUCUGGGCCAAGUUGAAGUAUUUGAGAUCUUUAAGGAAUAAUUCAAUAUCACAGUUGGAUAAAGACAAAUGCAGUGGCAAUGGUGUGAUAAAUUGUCAUGGAUAUUGAAAAGCAAUACUAAAUUAUUAUUAAACUUGAGUCAUGGUAUAAGUGUCUUUCAUGUUGUUUAUUACAAUGUAAUAGUAAACGAGACAAAAAUAGAGAAUAAGGAGACUCUAAAUUGCUCAUAUUUGUAAUUAACUCAGCUUACCCUUUUGGGGCUCGGGAUGGAAUUUGGAUGGCUUCCACAAAUCGAAGUCGGCGAUUUUGCUAACGUCAUUAUAUUUGUAAUUUUUUAAAAUUGUUCUGAAUCUGUUAAAUAUUUGUUUAAUUAUUUGUUGUCAUAAUUUUUUUCUUAUGGAUAAGAGGGUACACUUCUGUUUCGUGACAAUGUUAUAUAUUAAAAUAAAGAUAGUGAAGUAUAUAAAUAAUCAUUUAUUUGCUGCAUACACUAAACACUAACAGUCUUAUUCAUAAAAAAUAUGUGGCCUAUUACAGGUAAAUCAACUUUGCAUUUGUAAUGUAUGGUUUUUAUAUUGACCAGUAGAUAAUAAAUAACUACACAAAUA